GUGUGGGGUGUGUAAUUAUUCAGCUUGAACAUGUGACUGCUGCAUCAGUGCUCACAAAAGUCUUUGACAGGUUUUUAAGAUCAUGUCAGCAUCAGAGCGAUCCAGCGAUAUUCAUCAGUAAAGGCAGCGUUAUGAUUAUAUUCUCAAAAAUCAACAGACUCAUAUUUAUGUUUCUGUCCAUGUGCACCUCUGCUGUCAUAUUUGGAUAUUAGAAACUUCCUCUUUCUGCUUGUUGGACAGUCCAGUGUUUCUUCUUUCCAUAGCAAAAUGUAAAUGAGUCUGUAUAUAACUCAUAUUAACAGUGUGUCUUUGAGUCAGUGGUAAAAACUAUUUGAUCAUAUUCAAAUACUGAGUACAGAGUGUGCAGUGUGUGAUAAACUAGAUAUCUGUGUUUAACAUAAAGCGCUGUGUGUCCAUCAAACAGUGAAGAGCUGCUGGAUUCAUUGUUUCCUCCAAAUGAAAGAAAAGUCACUUUCAUGUGACAGAGCGACGAUGCAGUGGAGUCUGUUUCUGCUUCUUCUGAUGGGUCAGUGUGUCUUCAUCACAUGUCAGCUGUAUGAGUACCACUUUAUUAAAGAAGAGAUGAGCUGGGAUGAAGCACGGGCAUACUGCAGAGAGAACUACACAGACCUGGCCAAAGUGUUUGACCUGACAGACAUGAGAAGACUUCAAGACUCUGCACAGAGUCAAACAGAAGCCUGGAUUGGACUGUACAACAUCACAGGAGGAGACAACAGGAGGUGGCACUGGUCUCUGCCGGGGGGAGGAAUACACUGAAAAUAAGACCUGCUGGGGAGCUGGAGAGCCAAAUGAUCAACCCUAUCCCGAGAACUGUGUGAGGACAAGCAUGGCGUGGAUAGAUUUCCCCUGUACUUACACAUUGCAGUUCAUCUGCUAUAACGAAACAAUGAAAGACAAUAAAACCUUUCAUUUGAUUGAGACGUCUGUGACCUGGACUCAGGCUCAGAGCUACUGCAGACAGCAUCACACCGACCUGGCCAGUGGACUCGAUCAGAUAUACAGUGAAGAGUUUAAGAAGCUGCAGAACUCUAAAGCCUCGUGUAUCGGCCUGUUCAGAGACAGCUGGAGGUGGUCAGAUGGGAGUAACUUCUCUUCCAGAUACUGGGACAUGGACUCAUUUAAUGAUGGACUAAACAACAGGAAAUGUGCUACGACUCUGUUAGAGAGAUCAGGAAGAUGGAGCUCUGCUGGAUGUGACCAAAGAAAGCCUUUCUUCUGCUAUGAUGUGAAACUGGACCAAACAUCCAGAGACUUGAAGUCUAGAUUUAACUGA